AAAGUCAUUCAUAUGAAAGUACAAUCUAGUAAACCACUUUCAGUUCUAUGUGAUAUAAAUUUUACAGCCUGUUAAAUGUUUUCUUUUCAUUUUCGAGUAGAGUAGAUUCAGGGUAGAUGAACAACUAGACCUAAUCAUCAUUUAUAUGAUCAGUUAUGAAUAUUUACUGUUAUUUUGUAAGCUGAGACUCAGAAUGUCGAUGUAUCUUUAGAUAUGUGUGUAAGAGUGUGAAAAUAAUCAACCACAGAACGGAUGUGAUGUGAAAUAGUGUUGCGGAUGCUCAUGUUUUAGUCUUGUGGAAACUAUCAGGUGACAUUUUGAAGGAGAGUCAAACAUUAAUGUGAAUAAGAUGUGGCUGUCAGGGUCAGUGCGAGGUUGCUGCAGGGUUUUUGGAGACUCCGUUACAUUUGGCCUUUUCACUUCCUGCUUUGGUCUUGCUUCACAAUUCUGCUGAAAAACCACAAAUCCAUGACAACAUGACUUUGAUCUUUUGAAUGCCAGAUAUUGUGAAGAAGAAAAAAGGAAUGAUGGGCUUGUUUAGGCUGGUUUCCACAAGCCAGACUGGACUAGUUUGGUGAUCUUAAAGGAGUACAUCAUUCGUGUACAGAGGGGAGUUUCCACAGACAACAGCUGGACGGUCAUCCGGAGAUACAGCGACUUCGACAUGCUGAAUAAUAGUUUACUGAUCUCCGGCCUCAAUCUGCCGCUUCCUCCUAAGAAGCUGUUAGGAAACAUGGAUCGAGAGUUUAUAGCCGAGCGUCAGAAGGGUCUUCAGGCUUAUCUGAACUACAUCACACGUCAUCACAUCCUCUCCAGCUGUGAGCUGGUCAAAAAGUUUCUCGACACUAACAAUUACUCUGCAAACUACACAGAAAUAGCCUUACAGCAGGUGUCCAUGUUCUUCAGAUCCGAUCCAAAAUGGGAGGUUAUUGAGCCGUUAAAAGACAUUGGCUGGCGAUUGAGAAAGAGGUACUUCUUAGUCAAAGACAAAGAUCAACCCAAAGACAAACAAGUAUUAAGUUGGGUGGAUUUGGGUCCAGAUAAGUUCCUGUCUGACAAAGAUCUCCUGUCUGCAAUGAAGCUGCUUCCAACUUUGUCUCAUUCAAACAUCUCUCCCGUCACUUUCGCUACAACCAGUGAAUCCUCUGCUCUAGUCAUUCGGGUUUUCAGCGAGAAAGGGACACUCAGGGAUCACAUCUGCAAGGUGAAGCCCAAAGAGCCCUUUCUGAAGAAGUACUGCAAUCCCAAAAAGAUCCAGGGAUUGGAGCAGCAGCAGAUCCAAACCUACGGAAGACAGAUUCUGGAGGCAUUAAAAUUUCUCCAUGACAAGGGUUUUCCGUAUGGGCAUCUUCAUGCGUCUAACGUCCUGAUUGAGGAGAACACGUGUAAAUUGUUGGAUAUAGAGAAUUCGUUACUGGGACUGCCGUCAUAUUACCGACCCUAUGUAACACAGUUCAGGAAAAUUAAUACAACAGAAAGCAUAGACGUCUACUCGUUUGGACAUUUGCUUUAUGAAAUGACGUACGGCCGGCCGCCUGACGCUGUGCCUGUGGAUCAGUAUCCUCCGCCUCCGUUCUCAUCCGUAGUCUCUGUACUUCAGUCCAUCCUGUCCACAGAAGCUUGCAAAACGGGAAUGCCAACCGUUUCCCAACUCCUACAAACACCGUUAUUCAGUGACGUGCUGCUGUUUAACUCUGAGAAACCACAGUUUAAGAUCAGUUCCAAAUUAAAGGAGGCCCUGAAAUCGUCCAAGGAAAGCUUGGAGAAGCGCUUAGUGGAGGAACAGAGGACAAUCCACCAGCACAAGAGGCUGACGCGAGCGCAGUCACACCACGGCUCAGAGGAAGAGAAGCGGAAAAGAAAGAUCUUGGCCAGAAAGAAAUCGAGACAGUCGACGUAUGAAAACGAGGAGGAUCUUUCUGUCAAAUACAAUAACAACUCUGCAGGUUCUGGGGCGAGUUCACCUCCCACCUGCCCGUCCUCACCCACUCCUCUGCCUGGAUCAGCAGGAGCACCUCCAGCGCCUCCUCUUCCUCCCCCCGCUGCUCCUCCUCCCCCUCCUCCGGGGAAUGAACCCGUCCCUCCGUCCCUCUUGCCUCCCAGUGCCAACGGUGUGGGCAGGAGCGCCCUCCUCAGCUCCAUCCAGUCCUUCAACAAAGGCAAACUGAAAAAAUCAGACACUGUUGACCACAGCGGCCCACAUUUGUGAAAAAAAAAAAAAAUGCUCGUCUUUGUUUUAGUGCAAUUCGUUCACUCUAAGUCUUUUAGCAAUUUACGUCUAGCAGUGAAAAGUGACUAUUUGUACCUGAACUUCUUCAGUGUUUGUUUUAUUCACAGCCCUGCAUUGUUUUGUUUUGUUUUGUUUCAAGCUGCUCGACGUAACCUAAACAGUUCUGCGUGGACCAGACUCGAACACUCAUUCGAAUGAAAACAAUCGUUAUUUUUAAAGUACUGACUUCUGAAGGCGAGGGCACACAAUGGUGGAGAAUGCGGGCAGCACAUUUACUAUGAAUGAAAACGUAACUGGAUUUUAUUGUUGGUUCAUGUUAUUUGAAUUCAACUUUGGUAAUGGUUCAUUUCGGAGGGUUUGGGAUGAUGCUUUUUAAGCGUUGGUCACAUUUACCAUUGUGCCUACAAAAGCUGAGAGCGUUCUUUGUUCUCUUAGUUUUUUGUCCUGCGGAAAUUUUGAGCUAAAUUAUUCAUAUUUUCUUUCAGAACAAAGUAAUAUUUGUAUUCCUGUUCUGCAAGAUCACAAUCAGUAUGUUGCACAAAUAGCGGCAUUUAUACGAUGCGUGUAGCAUUUACGCCCCUUAACGAUACAGUUGCUGUACCAGAAGAUCAAUGGCUUUGAUUUACCACUGACAUGAUUGUAUAAUGACCAUUGUGAUGCUACCCACGUCCUCUAAUCCUAUUGGCUGUUGCAGUCUGGGGUAGAGGAUUUCAGCCAAUCAAGCAAGUGGUGGUAACUGGAAGUGAUUUCUUGUUUUGCACACAUACAGUAUAAGAAGAAAGAAACUUCUGUCAUUCAUAUUCAUUGCGGGGGUCCUGUUGAAAACCAGAUCCAUUUGUAAUCUAGAACGAUGUACAGUGAUGCACAAUAGUUCAUGUUGUGCUCCUGUAACAGUAAACUCAUUUGUAUAUAGAUUCAUACAGACAGACACUGAAAACAUUACAGCUAAAUACAGAAAUACUUAUUCCUGGCUCUUUCAUGGGGAAAGAGUUUAAUAAUGUUUUCAUUUUCGCUACAGCACUUUACCGCUGAAUAUUUAACAGUGGUCUGGAGAAGAAGAAAUCUUCUCAAGUUUACACAGAGAUUUAUAUAUGCCUGAGGAAAAUCGAAGAAUCAAUGAUCGAUAAUGAAAAAAGUUGCCACUUAUUUUCCCCUCUGUACAGUUGCCACUGAAGGUGGACAUCCUCAGUAUGCUACCAAUUGUUUCCCCUGUUCUAAAAAACUUAUAUUGGCAAUAUUUUAAAAGACUGGUCUUGUGUUUUUAAGUUGUGAACAUUGAAGUAAAGACAGUGGAACAGA